AACAAUAAUCUGCCAUUCAUACAAAUUAAAAGAGAUCAGAUCAGAUGGCAUUUGAAGAGGGCCAAAAACGCUGCAAAGUCAUCAAAAUAGAUUCCAAACAAACCUGGGAUAUCUUUAUGUAUCAUGCCAAAAAUCAAGCCCGUUCAAUUGUGAUACAUUUUACAGCUUCUUGGUGCAUACCAUCAGUAGCCAUGACUCCUGUUAUAGCAAAACUGGCCUUCAGCUACCAAAACAUCCUUUUUCUGUCGGUGGAUGUAGAUGAAGUCAAGGAGGUAGCGGCUGAAAUGGAAAUCAAAGCCAUGCCAACCUUCAUGUUUAUGAGGGAUGGAGUUGAGGUAGUGGAUAAGAUUGUGGGAGCUAAUCCAGAGGAAAUCAGAAACAGAAUUGCUGCUGCAUUCAUCAACUCUACUACUUAAGUUCAUAAUUUUAGUAUAAGGUGUACAUUCCUAGCUAGUUAAUAUAUGCAUGGUUUUAGGUUGGAUGAUCUACAUACUGUGCAAAUGGUUGUCAUCGAUCAUAACAUGUGGUGCUGAUAAUAAAUCCUUUUGAUUGAAGAGUAUAGCAUAAGGUAAUUGAUUAUUGAG